GCUGUGGCUGCCGAGUCUUGGCGGAGACUAACCACCACGCACGCUCAAGCGACAACAACAGACCCAGCAGCAACCGGAAAAUGGCAGCGCAGGUGGUCGCGCGCUGCAGUAUGGCAGCCGUCAGUGCCCGUGGCUUGGGGUGGAUGGCAGCGCGCAACUCUAGCUUGCGGGCCGUUGCUGUUGCAGCACAGCGUUUGCAGCAACACAGCGCGGCGCCGUUGAUGGAUGCCCGUCGCUACAAGGGCACGAACAACACCCAUGGCAGCAACCCGGCUGGUCUGUCCAAUGAGAAGAUCCGACAACUCCGUGGCCCCGUCGAUGACCAAGCGCAAGACCAGGCGAUGCGUGAGCUGGCGAGUCAGAUUCUCCAAGCUUCCCGCGAUAUCCUGGGCCCAUCGCUGUCCAAGGCCAAGGCAGAGCAAGACGCUGCUAUCAACCCCAUGGACGAGCUCGUCAAGGCCAACAAGUUUGACGAGGCCCUGGCGCUGCUUAAGCGCCAGGAGGCUGAGCCACUUAGUGUCGCGUAUUUUUAUGAGUCGUGCGUUGAAAAAAUCAUGGGCGAUUACUGGGCCCAAAUUCACAACAUCACCGAGGCGAUGAUGACACAACUACAAGGCCGCGAACCCAGCGAUGAACAAGCGGUUCAACUUUCGACCAACCUCCAGGCUGUAUCCUCGCCCCUGCCCACUUUGCAAAGCCUAUUCAAGCAGCUUCCCCUUCGUCCCGUCGAGGCAAUCUCCUGCUACAGCACCGCCUGCUUUAACGUCGGCGCUGAGGAAGGUGUGGCCACCUUGAAGGAGCUCUUGGCCAGUGGUGACAUCACCCGCGACAUGGCGGUGUCGCUGGCUACCUCCGCUGUUGAUGGUCGUGUGCAAAGCGAGUCCCAGUUUUUGGAGGCACUCGAGGCACACGGUGCCCUGAAUGAUAGCCAGGGCUCCGAUGACGGUGUGCCUGCCAGCUUUGAACAGCGUCUGCAAAGUGCCAGCGAUCACGUCAACACCAUCAUCCAAUUUGUCCUCGACACGGAUAACGAGGCCGCGGCUGUGCCGCCGCCCGCCCUCUUUGCUGGCCUUAUGGCCGUCACUGCUACUUAUUGCCCCGGCGAGGAUGGAGUGCGUCGCCUGAUCAACAUUGUUCGCGAUCAAUUUAGCAAGGGCUGGCCCGUCUCGCCCGACCAGCUCCAUCUACUGCUGGCCGCUGGCAGCCAGAUGCAGCAGCCCGCCAUUCUUGAUUCCAUCAUUGACGAGACGAUUGCCGUCCUGGAGACUGAAAACCGCAUUCUGCUGGAUGAGCCGGCUGACGGCGCCGUUCUCUAUUUCGACAUGGCCCGUCACCACUCAGACUCGCGCCAGAGCGCCAUGUACCUGGGCCGCAGUCGCAAGAUCCUAGAGACCCUGCAUGGCCAGGGCGUUGUUGAUGCAUCAACCAUCACAGACCUGUUCGACGCUUUUAUUGAGGCCAAUGCCGACGAUGCGGACCGGAUUUUUGUGGCAGCCAAGGAUUUGGGUCUGGCCCAGCAACUCGUGGACUCUGUUGUGCGCUUGUACCGCAACAGUCGCUUCACGCCUUCCUACGACUUGAUUCGCGUGCUUCUCAACGUGUCCCGCAGCAGCAAGCAGCUGGAAAGCUGGCUGACCAUGCUUGACGUUGGCGCUAGCGUUGGCUUUGCCGCGCAAGAGCCUGAAUUGCGUCGUGCAGCUCAAACAUUUAAGCAUCAAUGGCCUUCUAUUAAGCAGCACGUUGCCGAGGUAUCGGCUCGUGCCCAGGAGAAGAUGCGACCGACACGUGCUCAUGCCCAACGCGGUAACGCCAACGCCAACCGCCAGGGUCGGAACGAUCGUCGUGGCGCACAAUUUGUCAAAUUAUAGAUGUUAUGUGCUCUCAAUUGACAAUCAAGGUUUUC